UAGUGAUGCGCGCGGGUGAGGUCGAUCUUGGGAAAACACCAUGGGAUUCUAUCAGGGUCUUUUGGUAAAAUACCGCUCUCUACUGCGUCUGUAGGAUCAAUAAAUCAUCGAAAAAAGUCGCAUCGGAUGAAACGUUCGUGUCCGUGAAAGAGUUUUGUGAGAAAUGCUCUUCGCGUCCUAGUGUAAAAUAGAGGAUGUCGUCCGUGUAAAAAUAGUGAUUGAGGGACGCUGUUCCGAAAGUUGGAAAGGCGGCUGGUAAUCUUGCUACUGUCUCUAGAAGUAGAUGACACAUCUGCACAGAAGGCGUGUUCUUGCGGUCAUCAGACGCACGCUGCGAGUACGACAAGUGUCAGUGGAAAUAGUGCACGUGUAGCUGAAUUUUCCAGAGAUCACAAUAAUGCGUUCCAAAUCUGGAGAGCCGAUUUGCGUGGACUAGAUUAGAUUAGUAGACAUGCCUCAUGGCUGGAGGCAACGACCACAUCAAACAAGGUGGAAGUUUCGACAAAACGAAUGUAUGGCAGCAAUAUCAUCGUUAUCGCGAUCCUUGUUUCAUAUUUGAACCCCCAACGAGCGAAGGUUUUCGACGACGUCAGCGAAAGGAGUGUAACAGUCUCGUUUUGAGAAGUAUCGAUACAUUGCAAGAAGAUAUUUUUAGAAUAUUUUCGGAGUCUAUCUAUUGCGAUCUAAAUAUACUGAUCGGAUACAAAGUUAUUCGCACGAAUCAAUGCAUACUUAGGACGAGAUCACCGUUCUUUCUUAAAAUCAUUGAACCGUACUUUGACUACAGUGACGAAAGGACCAGUUGCUACCUUAAUACGCCUGGAAUUUUUCACCAGAUCGAACGUUUCGUGAGGCUUCUAUACAGUAACUUGGAAGUUUCGCGGGAAGAGAAAUUACUGGUACAGCUCAUUUUGAGUCUAACUUGUGAAUUCGAUUCUACAAAAAUAUCUUACACAGAUGCAAUUUUCAACGAAAAAGACAGGGACUACGAUACAUACCAAGAAUGUAACCUACUUUUGCGAAAAAAUGAAAGAGACGACUCGAUAGAUGUGAUAUCAACACCAUCCGACAUGGCAGACUCGGGAUUAGAAACAGGAUCGAUGAGUCCUCACGAAACAACAGCUUCCGAUAAUUCCGUUACGGAAUUCGAGGAAUCUCAAGGAGCUGAAUACACGUCCAUGGAUGAGGAUUUCAGCAAGCUAACUUCAGACGAAGGAAACGAGCGAAGUCCUGGUGUAGUCCACUUCGAAAGGUGUCGCUACAAAUCAAAAACCAAAAAUAAUGAAGCUGACACUGUAAAGCCAGAAUAUUUAAACCUAGAUGCGACAUGCUCUUCUUCAGAGCCGGAACAUCAUCAAUGCGAAUUCUCGGCCUUUUCAGAAGAAAAUGUACAAAAACUAGUAGAGUGCACAGAAGAAAUUUUCCAGUACGAAAAUCAAGUACUGAAUGACCCCUUCUACGAAUCUGACGACGAUGACAACAACCAAGACAAUUCUCCGAUGCCUUCUGACUCCUUCGAAUUCGUCGAUCCCGAAAAUCUAUCUUGUGUGAAUUACAACAGCGAGGAAAAACCCGAGAACUACAAAGAGUUCGAAUCCGAGGAAAGUGAACGUUUGAGAAGUGGCGAAAAGGAGAAAAAGUCACCUCUAGAAAAUUUCCAUAGCGAACUCUCAGGAGCUAAUGAAUCCAUUAAGAGUAGUACUACCUCAGUGAACAGUUACUUCUUUAUAGACGCUUCUAGUCUGAAUGAUGAUGUCGUUCCUCUGGUUGGUUGUUCUCAGGAAAGAGGAGAAAGCCUUCCACCGUAUUUUUGCCCUUCAGACAACUACGUUCCUUCUAGAACUGCGGAUUCAAAAGAAGAAGAGAAAUUUAUGAAUGUGAAAGCAACUAAUUCGCAGAGUAGACAAGAAUAUUUAAUGGAAUUCCGGCAAGAAUUAAAACUUAAUGAGUUGUUGAAACCUCGGAGCGUAGAGAGGAAAAUAAAGAGGGGAGAUUUAGCCUUGGAGGAUAAAUUCGAUGGAGGAACUGUUAAAGAAGCUCUGGUUGUUGAAAUUAAAGAGGCGGAUAGUGGAGAAAGUACACAACCUUCUCCUUGUCCGGAUAAUACGAAAAUAGUCGUCGAUGGUGCUCCUAUCAGCAAUGAAGAAGUAGUUCCAAAGUCCGAGGGAGGAAAUGAAACAACUGGAGAAAGUCAGAAUACUGAAGACAAUCCUUGUGAUGAUAGAAGACCUUCUCUUAUUAGGAGAAACACGUUUGAACUUGAUUCCAAUGAUGAGAAACUAUCCGCCUUAAGACAAGAGUACGAACGUCGCCAAGGAAGUCUCGUGUUCCAGAAUUCGAUUCCCCAAUAUUCCGGACACAGAGUUGACGAUGAUUCUUGUUACGGUCCUCCUCUACAACCGAGUUUGGUAAUCGGAAAUCCGAUUCCCGAUCCUCUGAGUAAAAUUAUUCCCCAAACCUCUUGCGAAGUUUUCCAAAAGCCGUGCGUGUCUCUGAAUAAAUUGGAACACGAUAGCAUCCAAAGGGAAACAAAGUGUAAUUACUUUUUUAGUCGUGGAUACGAAGAGUCAGAAAUAGCUUCCCCUAUGCAAAGGAGUGUGAGUGAUAAAAAUGUAGCGGAUUCUCAAGAAGAUAUUUCAGAAAAUUGCAAUAGUUUGCCUGUUACUUUAAACAGCAUUUUGGCGAAUAAUAGGGAGAGUUUAGUUAGGAGACAGGCAAGAGAUGAAGCAAUUCCGAUAGUUUCUGGAGGUGCAAGUUCCUCCGACUUUACAAAACCGACUGACAGUCCAAUAGUCCGUCGAAAAACAGAAUCGACUCCUAUAGUUUCUGGAGGUUCAGUUUUGAUUCCAGAACCGGAACCAGAAAGAGCUAAACCUAAAAUGUCUUCCUCUAUGACUGCUUGGAUCGUAGAUAUGAGCACGAGUUACAAAACGACGAAGAGUAAUUCUCAAAUCAUGUCCCAGAGUUUUUCGAGCAAUUCCCACGGGAUGUCUCAUAGCUAUUCAACUUCUGAUUGUUUGAAGAAACCGACGAAGAAAACGAAACAUGAGAAACAAGGGAGUUUUGGGUUCUUUGUUGACUUAAGUGAUGUGAAAACUGCAAAGGAAAAAGAAGUGCAGGAGAGUCAGAAGAAACAGAACGGGGCUGAGAAGUAUUGCGAAUUUUUUAUUGAUAUGUCUGAUAAUGAUGCUUCCUUGAAGGCGAAGAAGGAAGUGAAGGUACCUUGUGUCAAGACGAACUCGAUUGAUUCGAACGACAAGAAGAACAUCUUUUCGAUGUUUAUUGAUUUUAAGGAGCCAAGGAAGUCUAGGGAUAGUUUGCCCGGGUUGAGCUUGACUAAGAGAAAAUCGACUGAAAGAGAAGCUGAAAAAAGUAGCACUGAUGAAACUUCUAUAACCACUGAAGAAGAUGAAAGACAAGAAGGAACAAGUGCUUGCGAAAGUACUGUAGAAAGUAUAGAAAGUACGAUAGAAAGUAAUCAGGAAACACCAGUGAAGGAGAAGAACAAGGGUGUAUUUAUGUUUAUCCAGUCGGAUUCUCCGGUUGUGAAGAGAAGGACACUUUCGAGUUCCCGGGUUCCAUUUAAGCGUUAUUCCUGGAAUACUGAUAAAACCAAUCAAGAUGGAAGUGAAAAUGGAACUGGGACUGGGACUGGAAACGGGACAGGGAAUUCUGGAAAUAGUUCUGUCACUAGCAACGGAACAGGAUCUAGAAAUGGAACAUUGAAACAUCCGUUUUUUCGUAAAGAACACAAAAGGGCCCAAAGUCUUUCGAUAGACCGGGGAGAUUUGCGAAAAUUCCAGGGAAGAUCGAGCAAUUCGAGUCACUCGCUGAGUGAAGCUGCUCGGGCAGAUCCGAUAAAUGGAAGAUCUUCGAUGGUAGAAGAAGAAAAUGGCAAGAAUAUGGACACUUCAACGGAAGAGGUUUUUGAAUACGAUAUUCGAGAUACGCCUCCUAAUUCCCAUAUUGAAAUCAUUAAUGAGGAGGUCCGAAUGAGCGUGAAGCAUAACGAAUUCCAGGAAACUAAAUCGACUGAAGUUGCGACUGUUAGUGUUCAGGAGAAGAAUCUCGAGGAUGAGGGUUCGGAAGCUUGGGAUAAAACGGGAACGGAGAGUACUGAAGGUCAGACGAGAAAAAGUGAGACUUUUGAUAUUAGCAGUGGAAGUGGACCAUCUCCGGGAAGUGAGAACCGAGAUUUUGAAUUGGCUGAGUUGUUGAGUGGACAAGUUUCGACUUUCGUUGACAGAGCAGCACCGAUAAUUGCACCGACCGGUGCAAAGAUUUUUGAAACGCACAAAUCGUUGAAUGAGAAGAUUAAGAGGAUUGAGUGUGAGCUGAAGAGUCCGGAAUUUGACUUGAAGCAGAAGGAAGAUUCGAAGGGAUUGGGUGGCGAUUUUGUUAGGCUUUCUGAUUUGGAUAGCACGAGCAAUUGUCCAACUUCUAAUGUCACUGUUAUUAAAGAGACUGAAGCUUUUACACACCACCGCAUGUGUAAUAGUAUUCCAGAAACUUCAUGGAUCGAAAGCAAAUUAGUGAUAACUAGGACCAAUGGACCGAUGAGGACAAGACCGAGACAGUUUUCUUCUCAUAUGAGUACCUCUCUUCCACCUAAACAGAAGUCUCCUAUGGAAGAUUUGACUGGAGAGAGGGAUGUUGAAGGGAUUAUUUCGGAAUCGGAUCUUAGCAGUAUGCAGAGUAGCAUGGGACGAUCUGGAGCUGAAGGGAGUACUGAAGAGACGGAAACAUCAAGCUUUGCUGGAACAAAACCGUAUAACAGGCUCGGUGAAGAUCUCUUGCGAAUGUUUUUAGAAGAAAUUAAUCCAGACGUUACGAUAGAUGUUGCUGGUCGUAAAAUCAGAGCUCAUAAGUGUAUUCUGAGUUCUAGAUGUCAGUACUUUGCAGCUAUUCUCAGCGGAGGCUGGGUUGAAAGUACUGGAAAUAUAAUUUCCUUGCAAGGCUACUCGUAUAACGCUGUACAUUUUGCAUUAUGUCACAUAUACAGUGGCGAAAGCAACAUUCCUGAUACAAUUAGUAUUAUGGAAUUAGCAACAUUAGCAGAUAUGCUUUGUUUGGAAGGACUCAAGGAAGUGAUAGGCUACACUCUAAAAGUCAAAUACUGUCAUUUGUUUCAUAAACCGUGCCAAGUAUGUGCUGUUGGAGUUUUAGAGUGCAUGCCUCUCGCUGCAGCUUAUGGUCUGGACGAAUUGUACCGAAAAUCUCUCAAGUGGGUGACACGACAUUUUGUGAGAAUUUGGCCUUGCAAAGCAUUCGCUACUUUGCCCAGAGAACUUAUGGAUAAGUGUUACCAUCAGCAUAUCGUUCAUAUGUCUACAGAAAACGUGCUGCAAACCAUAAUGGACUGCGAUAAAUUACUAGCCACUCUGCCAAACGUCCGUUGGGCCGAGCCAGUUUUCAGAUUAGUUUCCGAUCUUCUCGACACCUCGGUUAAAUUCCUAUCUGAUAGUUUUGCAGGGGUUUUGGGUAGCGAAAGUUUCCAAGGCCUUGGUCGAGACUUAACCUGGAAUAUAAGUCGAUUAGAAGAUAAUUUUCUACUUGCCGCGGAACGAUUACCACCGGAACAAGCUUGCAAAAGCUACGCGAAACUGCACAAAAUGCUGGCAGCUACGCAACUUGCUGACUCGCCAUUAAAAGCCAAAUGGGGACCUCUCUUCAUCGAUUUUAUACAACGAAUUCAAAAUCGCGUGGAGAAAUGUCUGAUUCGAGAAGCUGCAAGGGCUUCAAGAACUACAACCUGGUUAAAAAUGGACCUGGAAUUGCGAAGGAGGAUACAAGAAUUAGCUUGUCUUGUUAUUUUACCGAUUGAUACCUCGAAAAGGCAAUCAAGGCAUUCCAAUUUCCUUAAGGAUCCUAAAAUGCCUUCAGGUCGUCUUUCGACGAAUCGAAGUUUGGAUAUAAAAAGAGUGAAGACUGCAAUUACCGAGUACAAUGGAAAAUCUGUGAAGUCUACGACGACGACGACGACGCAACAAACGAAACGAGUUGUUAGUAAACCAAAAACCGAUCCUCUCGAACGAAAAAUGCAAGAAGAAAAACCGACUACGGAUAGUGCACUGAGACCGAAAUCCUGGCCAAAUAAAGCAGAGGUAAAGUCCCGGUACUUGGAACCGAGAAAUAAGUCCGUAACGAAGGGACCCGCAGUUUUAGGGAGUCAAGAAAAAGUAACAACUCAGAGGCGAAAAAUAAUGAUUUCCUCAUCAGACUCUUCCCGAACCUCAAGUCCCGCGAUGAAACGCACAGUAGAAAAGAAGCCCGUAGCUAAACUGAAGUUACAGGUAAAGAAAGACUCAAAAGCGCUCUCUUCCGACAGUCUCACAGAUUCCAACGCGACUCGCAUCAGCAACAAAAAGGACAUAAUCAGCAAGAGUUGCGGAAUCACGAGGCCAGAGUCCCCUUCCUACAAGCAAAAGGACGUCGAAGUAGGAUUAUCAGUGGACUCUCUAGCCGAUCCAAAAAAGAAGCCUCCAGUCAAAAAAGUCAACAAAAUGGACACCUCAAUGUCUACCGACAGUUUGAUGACCGAAGUAAUGGGAACUCCAAAAUCCACCAUUUCCAACAAAUUCUCGCCGAAUCUAGCCCGGGGCCUCACAAAAUCUCAGGUUUAUGAUCGCACCAAAAAAUGCUCGCCGCAAACGCAGCCCAAAAAUGCAGCAUUACCUCGAAGGCCCAGAGGCUCGCUCGAAAGUUCGACAGCUGCGAGUCGAAAUAGAGCAGCAGCUGCGAAUCCUUAUCACGGGUCGCCGAAUCUUCGAAGGAAUCUUCUGGAAGCGGCAAAAACUCCUGAUAUUUCGGCGAAACCUUUUAGUAAUGUUGCUCCACGCACAAUUACGAGACACACGGCUCAGUCAGCAACCGCAGCUUUUAAUGCCAAACGAGAUAAAAAGGAAACGCUCUCUAGCAGUAUCGACAGCCCCGGAAAAAGAACUUCUCCAAAAUUGAGCGCUUCUCAAAAGUUAAGCAAGUCCGCGAUCGCUAUAAAGACAAAAGCGGGGAAAGGGAUUGAAGAUAAAAGCAAACCGAAAACCGAAGCUCCCAAACUGCUUACAGUUGGUUCCAGGUCGGGAACGUUCCUGAAAGACGAACCAACAAUUUUGAAAAAGGCAGAUAUUAAAUCCUCAGAGAUAGAUACUUAAUUUCUAUAACGAGCUGAGUAUUAGGUUUAAUUAAAAAGAAAAAGAAAUUAAAAAUAGCCUUGCACUGAAAAGUUUAAUUUUGGGUCUCUUAUGACCUAUGUAUGAUUUGAAAUAGAGCGAUCAAUAUCUUGAGGUUCGUGGGGCAAAAAUAUGUAAACAAAAUUCGUAAUUCUGAAAGCUUUGCACAGAUCGCUAAUAUUAUUUCUUUUUGUAAUCUACAUAAUAUACCAAAAAUUUUGCUCUAUGUACAUUUUGAGAGAGAGAAAGUUUCGACAGGCUCAGAAACAUUUAGAGUAGUUUGCAAAGUUUAAAUAAUCAGAUUUUUCUCUAGAAAGACUAAAAACAUUUAAAUCUUACCAGAUUUUUGAAAAUUAUGCGUAUUAUGUAGGUUUAGAAAAAAAAGAAUAUUAGCGAUUUGUAAAAAAUUCUGGAAAUUACGAUUUUUUUAAACUUAUUUUUGCCCUGCGGAAUCUCAGGAUGUUGAUCCGUCUAUUUCAAAUGUUACACAGAUUAUAAGGAACCUACAAUGAAAUUGUAAGUGCUGGGCUGUAUUUGAUUUCCAAUUUUUUUUCGACCCGCCCAACUAAGUACGCAUUUCUACCUUGCAUUAGUGAUCAGCGUAUGCAGAUAUUAUAAGCGUGGUUAUUGAAAAACGGAAUUUAAAAAGCUUUAAAUGUUGAGAGUAAAAUAUUGAUGGGCGCGAAAUGUUUCAAGGACGUGAUAGUUCCAGCAACUGAACCAGUAUAGUUUAAAGAAAGAAGUUUAUUAGAGGCUCUUCCUCACUCGGCCGCGGCGAGUUGAUUCUUCUCGCCUCGUAAUUUACACGAAUCACUAAUGCUAUGAAUGUUCCGUGUUAUUUGUAAGCUUUAAUCAAUAUUGAGUCGAAAUCGUAGUUUUCUUUGCAUUUUUCUAGAGGAGAAUGCGCUCCACGUAAUAAAUAAUAUAAAUUAUAAGAAUACUAUACAAGUUUUGCACUGUAAAAUUUAUUUACUAUUCUGCUUUUCGCUGUGCGUAAAUGACAAAAGAGAGGAAACUACGAUUUUGGUUUUGAAAAUGCGUACUGAAGAAUAUUUCCUAAGUUGGGAAGAGCCUGCAAAAAAGAAGUGCAUUUAUUAAAGGUGCGUAAGUAUAGAAUGCAGGGGUCUAAAUCUUUAGCUGUACAUUUUUUUAGAUCAUUGUGUCUCAGAAAAUUAGAGUUAAUGCAAAAAACAAAUGAUGUCUUGAAAAUUUUAGCUUACACAAUUGAUAAUUGAGAGGUGUCACUUAAUUCAAAUGGAGAAAACAAUAUUUUGAAAAUGCUAUGAUAGUUUUCAACGAAAUAUGUCAAAAAAAUAUAAAUGAUAUAAAUUAUGAACAUUUCACCAAUCACGGGGAAUCUUUUAGUUUGUCAUUUUUAUUAUAAUAGAAUACGUUUUUCCUCAGAGAGAAAUAUAUUUUUCUAAAGUUUGCAGAUUCAAAGAUAAUUUAAAAAACAGCUAUUUUUUCAGAGUGGACUAAGUUCACAUUGAUUACACUCAAAUUUAUUUAAAUUAUGUUUUAGUCCAGUUUCAAUUGAUUUCACCUUUUGUUUGGGGAUUGUCCAUAUAUUACGUAAGACGUUUUUCUGUUGUUUGAAUAAAGACGAAAAUAAUAUUUUUAUCAAGUUGAAAAGGACACAGCGAUAUAAACAAAAGAAAAAUGUCUUACGUAAUAUAUGGACGAUCCCUUGUUACAUUUACAUUCAGCUUAAAUUUACUUACAUUAGUAUGUGUUUAAUUUGUUUAAAUUCACAUUAAAUUCAUUUAUUUUCUUUGGUUAAAUUUUAAUAUAAUUUAAUCUAGAUGAAUUUACAUUUGAGAAUUCAGUUAAAAUUGAUUUUCAUUCAUUUAAAUUCAGUUUCAGUUCACCUUUGUUUAUUUAUUUGAGUUUCGUCGAAAUCCGUUAAAUUAACUGUGAAUUCACAGAUCUGCAUAAUUGCCGUUUUGAUGUGGUUCAAAAGUUGACUAAACUUCAAGUAAUGAUUUAGGCCUAUCCUACUAAAGUUUUCAAGCCAUCAUGUAUUUUCGCAAAGAAAAAAUCGAAAAUGGCUUUUUUUACCAUCCCCGGUGUAGAGUCUCCUCUUUUGGAAGAAUUGAAGUAAAAGAAGCGAGUCUAGUAAAUGAAAAUUGUUUUUGCACUAUUGUACAUUUCCUCGAUUUUAUAAUGAUCGAAACCGAUUCCGCAGAAAUAAUUUAUUUUUUACACUAUUAUUUUUGAUAAGUUGGUUAAAAGUUACGAUUAAUGAUAUUAAUUGUAAAACGGAUUAAUUUAUGUUUGUGAAGCGAGUGAUUUCAGUUUAGUUUGUAACUCGAGUGCGACGACAAAGUCUGGGUGAUACUUUUCUCAAUUAAGGCGUGAAGCGCAAUAUUAAUUUCGGUCACUAAUGCAAUUAGUGUAACCAUGUAUACUCAGCUAGGAAACAUUUGCAUAGUUAUGUAAGUUAGUAUCGCAUAGAAUAAUGUGCACUGU